GCGGCGGCGCGGGGCGGGGGGGGGCGGUGAGGGACGGACUCGGGGAAGCGAAGGUGAGAGGAGAAUACAACUCUUAAUGGAUGUAUAUUGAUCAUUUUCAGGCUUUUGAAUUUGCAUUAAGGAAAUUUUCAAAGAAAAAUGGGGAAUGAUUUCUUCAUUGUGGAAAAUAGGUUCAGUUCAGAUGCCAUUUAAUCAUUCACUAUAAUUCUAGAUGAACUAUAGUGUAUGAAAUAGGAUUCAUACAAUAUUUAAAAAACAGUGACUGAAAGCAAUACAGUUUUUUGAAAUAAACAUUCAAUAAAUGAAUUAAUUGUGAUGUUAGACUAAAAAAGAAUACACCGAGAAUAAUUAUCGAUAGCUCAAUUAGAUAUUAAUCGGCGAGUAUAGGAAAAACUCGAGUAAAAUUAACAUAAAAAUAAAAAAUACAGCUCAGGGAAAACAGGUGUUUCGCCGCCAUUUUCCUCAAUGAAGAGAUGUUCUCUAAUUGUUUUUCUCAUUAAGCUCGGCGGCUGGAGCCGUGCCUGCCUCAAUCAAAGGCUUCGCCGACCGCAAAUCACGGCUAAACCACACCCCUCCAAUCUGCGCGCGCCCUCACCGCGCAUGCGCGCACCCAGCCAAUGGCAGGCCGCGCCGCGCACCCCCGGCCGCCAUACUACACGCCACCCCAAUUGACCGCUUACAAUGUCAUUUUUUGCGCGCCAAACCGAUAGCUGCUGCCACGCCCUUACAAAUUUAAAAUGUGCCCCUUUUUAAAUCAAAACCACAAGCCAAUACCGUUCUGCAAGUCGCUGCGAACAGUCGCAUCAUAUCGCACGGUUAUUAACUAACUAAUUAACCAUUAAAUAAAUUAACCUAAUCAAAUCAACUGACUAUUAACAGUGAAAUGUGAAAUAAAUGAGUGUUAAAAAACAAAUGACAAUAAAAUAAUGAUAUUUAAAUAUUUUAAUGUUAAUUAAAAACGAAAUUAAAAUCGAACGAUGAUGGAACAGAGGCCGACCCCCAGUCUCUAUCCGGCGAACCUGACGGAUCUGCUGGCGGUGUCGGCGUACCAGCAGAACGUGGACCGUCUGUCGGCGAUCUCGGACGGCGACGAGAGGUACAACGCCGACAGGUUCGCCGACAACACCGACACGUUCGCCGACAACGCCGACAGGUCCUCAUCGCCAGUUUCAACCCUCGAUGACGGAGACAGUCAGUCGGCUUUUGGAGUGGAUUUAACGGGGAAGGGAACGAAUUUGGCGGGCAAGUCGUUUACUAUAGCUGCUAUCUUGGGGCUGACGAAUGCUGAAGAGGAUGUGAUGAACCUGAGCGUGCAGGAGCGGCUGCAGAGCCAGCGGCAGCUGCAGAGCUACCUGUACGCGGGGCAUGACGUGCAGCGGCUGAACGAGGGCUUCUGCAGGAGUAUGGGGGCCGCGCCGCCGGGGCUCCGGCAAGACAGUCCGAGAGCCGAGCCGCGACCGCAGGUGGGACAGAUGAAGAGCUCCAGGAGUCAUCCCAUGACGUGUUCCAGCAGUUCUGGCAGAAGUAAGAGGAUACGCACGAUCUUCACGCCGGAGCAGCUGGAGCGGCUGGAGGCGGAGUUCGAGCGGCAGCAGUACAUGGUGGGCCCCGAGAGGCUGUACCUCGCGCAUGCGCUGCAGCUCACAGAGGCACAGGUGAAGGUGUGGUUCCAGAAUCGCCGCAUAAAAUGGCGGAAGCACCAUCUCGAAGUGACACAACAGCGGCUGGCAGUGCUGCAGCGACACCAACCCCACGACCGAGAUGAUGACAUAUAAGACAGAGAAC